CCUUGCAAAACUCGUACGGAGAGGAUAUCUUGUCCUGAUAAAAGGCUACUUCCCUCGAAAUUUAUACAUGUAUUACGAGCAAAGACAAAUGUAAACUACAAUAUAUCAACCAAAGAACAGUUUUUGUGCUGUUGAAGAAAGAUUUCUGAUCUCUAAUAUCGAUUUUUAUCUCUCUCAAGUGAUGGCUGGGAAAGUGAACAUCACAAAUGUUGUUGUUUUGGACAAUCCCUCUCCUUUCAAAAACCCCUUUCAGUUCGAAAUAACGUUUGAAUGUUCUGAAGAUUUGCCCGAAGAUCUUGAGUGGAAAAUCGUUUAUGUUGGUUCAGCCGAGAGUGAAGAUUUUGAUCAAGUCCUAGAUAGUGUUCUUGUUGGACCUGUACCUGGUGGAAAGCACAUGUUUGUGUUUCAAGCUGAACCACCAGAUCCAUCAAAGAUUCCAUUGGAAGAUGCUGUUGGUGUAACAGUUGUUUUGUUGACAUGUUCAUUUAGAGGAAAAGAGUUCAUACGGGUUGGUUAUUAUGUCAAUAAUGAAUACGCUGAUCCUGAACUGAAAGAAACUCCACCAUCUUCUCCGGACUUUGAAAAGCUACAACGGAAUAUCCUUGCGACAUGCCCAAGAGUUACAAGGUUUAAAAUUGACUGGGACGACAAUAACCCAAAUGGGGAAAACAUACCACCUUCUACAAUGAAUACGGAUUCUAACCAGCUCUUCGGCCAGUAUUCUGAUAAGGAUGCCAUGCAUAUGUGCUCAAUACAAAAAAAUAAUGUUGACAUUAUGGCGGCUGCCAUGGACACAAAUAGUGUAAGCAUGGAAGUAGAUGUGCGUUGAACACUUGGAUAGCUGACUUCUGAACUUUACCUGUUACUUGUUUCACAACCAUCACUUUAGGGAGUGCCUGACACCCUUAUUUUCAAGUAUGUACAAAAGUUGUAAGAUGUGUUUGGGAAGUAAAUAUUGUCAUUGUAAGCCAAACCAAUGAAGUCUCACAUGUCAAUUUAGAUCAUGGCUUGGUAAACUACUGAGACUUUUGUAUAUGUACAUGUUGUAUCUUAUUGUAUGUUUCUUUCGGUCUGAUAAGAGUUUUGUGUAAAAUUAGUUGGGACUUUUGUCAAAGCUCCAUGAAUUUUACAAUAAAUAUAUGUUAAUUCAGUGUACACUACCUGUCGUGAACGCAUUGUAUACAGAGAUAAGAGCAGCAAAUACUCCUACUGGUUUUUGCCGGUGGGGAAUUGGGCACACAUACCCCUCUUGCAUGCUUGGUUGGAAGGAGAGGGUAUAUUCCCCCUCUGUUCUGUGUGCCUACAAAAUUUUGUUCAACUAUCUUAAUAGGAAUUUUCAUGAUUAAAGGUGGAUAAUGUUGGGGCCUUUAGCUGGGAGAUUAUUUCUACUUGCCCACAUCGCAACUUCUUUCCUGAAGUAACUUGUCCAUCUGAUCAUUUGGUUGUCCUGUGCAAUUGGAAAAAUUGAACCCUGGUUGGUUGAGGCACUUCGAUUGGCACAGGAACUCGCAUUUCAGUACCUUAAAACCUCUAAAAUAAUGAAUGGGAUUUAACAAUAACAAGGUGGUCUUAACGUCAUCUUUCUUCUGUACUGGUAAUGUAAUGUCUUUGUAUCUUUUUCAAGCCACACAUGUUUUUGAUAAAUGUGUAUUUGUAAUAAAGGUCAUUAAUUAAUAUUAUUAUGAAAA